AAGAUUUAGUAAUGUCUAUUUGACGUAAGUCUUGUGUCAAACAUAACCUCAAGCUGGAAUAGUUUGUUUGUUUGCCGGUUUUGAGCAUUAAAUGUUUUAAAAGUUUAAAAAUGAAGGAUACACCAGGAGAAAUUGAUACUAGAAAUGUCGUUAAAAAUCGGGAGCUGCUUUACCGCAUGAUAAUAAGUCAAUUGUACUACGAUGGAUUCCAGCCUAUUGCCGCGACAUUGGCGUCGGCUGUUCAUGCUGACCCGCCAUGUCCACCCAGCGAUCGACUCCUGAAUCUAAUGAUGGUCGGCCUACAACAUGAACCAGAUCGCAAGGACAGGCUCGCAGCUUCCAGCGGAGCUGAACAUCUGCUCGGAACUACUGGAUUUGACCUAGAAUAUGAAAUGGACGCUUCAUCCCUGGCCCCGGAGCCGGCUACUUACGAGACUGCUUACGUCACGUCCCACAAGAUGGCGUGCAGAGCCGGUGCCUUCAGUGCUUGUGGGCAACUGGUCGCUACUGGUUCUGUUGAUGCAUCUAUCAAGAUUCUGGACGUGGAACGUAUGUUAGCAAAGUCGGCGCCGGAGGAAGUGGAUCCAGGAAGAGAACAACAAGGUCACCCCGUCAUUAGAACAUUAUACGACCACACAGACGAGAUCACAGCGCUAGACUUCCACCCCCGGGAACAGAUCCUGGUAUCCGCGUCCCGAGACUGCUGCAUCAAAUUGUUUGACAUCACCAAGGCGUCCGCUAAAAAGGCUUACAAGUCUAUCACUGAUGCAGAACAAGUACUUUGCGUGGCCUUCCACCCACUAGGUGACCAUAUUAUAGCGUCCAGCACUCAACCGGUGAUCAGACUGUAUGACGUCACCACCAGCGCCUGCUUCGUAUGCCCGAUACCAUCCCAUCACCAUACAAGACAAGUUAAUUCUAUUCAAUUUUCGCCAAACGGCAAGUACUUCGCGAGCGGUAGCGCUGACGGAUGCGUGAAACUGUGGGACACAGUGUCCAACAGAUGUUUCAACACUUUCAUAAAUGCACACGAUGGCGCUGAAGUUUGUUCCGUCGCGUUUACUAGGAAUAGCAAGUAUCUGCUAACAUCUGGCCUGGAUUCGUCUAUAAAACUCUGGGAGUUAGCCAGUAGCCGAUGUUUGAUUCAAUAUACCGGCGCGGGAACCACAGGCAAGCAAGAACACCACGCUCAGGCCGUAUUUAAUCACACAGAAGAUUAUGUAAUGUUCCCCGAUGAAGCUACCACUUCACUCUGCACUUGGCAUUCCCGUAGUGCCAGUAGAUGCCAACUAAUGUCUCUGGGGCAUAAUGGAGCUGUCAGGUUUAUAGUGCAUUCAGGCACUGCACCAGCGUUUUUGACAUGCAGUGACGAUUACCGUGCAAGAUUUUGGUAUAGAAGAAACACACAUUAACAUUGGCCCGUAGAAUCUUAUGAUAGCGAUGAUGAAUAAAUAUUCUAUUUGGAAAAUCAUUAAAAAUGCCGUAUCGACAGUUUUUUUAAUUGGAGUUGACUAUAGGGUUAAAACACGAUUUUUUUAUGGUAUAACUUUGUAAACGUGGACAUGGAGACCCGAAACAACAGAGGCGUUACAAGUGCGUUACCUGCCUUUUGGGAUUCCGAAAUUUAAAGAUUAUUGGAGA